AUCAAGUGAUCUUACAUAGUUAUUUGAUUUCUAUAGGGUGGAUUCUUGAAUGGGAUAUGGACCUAUGUUUAAGGAUUAAUAUAAGCCUCCACCAGUAUACAUUAGAUCACAUGGGUUUAUCUGCAUGAUAUCAUAGUCUUUUACUGGGUAUCAACAGCUUGCUAAGCUGUAAUAAAACGACAGUGUGGAAACAAAUGUUAUGAAAUGAGCCUCAUUGCAAGGAAUCAUGUAUCAGCAUUACCUGAGGAUUUAUGCAAAGACUCUAGCAACCCGGAGGCAUGCAAGAAAACGAUAGAGAGGUUAAAGAAAGAAAACAAAGUCGAUCCUAAUAACACCCUCCGUAAAAUCAUCAAUUUCGGCCUUCAAAGAAGCUUGAUCAUUAAGGCAAACAUGACAGAUUGGGUCCAUCAUAGAAAGCUAGUGGCCAACGAGUAUGCUGCCAUUAAGGGUUGUUUGGACGACAUUGAUGUUGUCAUUGAUGACUUGAGGAAAACCCAUAAUGAGGUAGAUGAUUUAGAAGAGGCCCGAAAGACACAAGAUAUGCAAAGCUUCAUGUUUCAUAGCGGAAACAUCAAAACAUGGUUGCAAAAUGGGGUCAACGCCCUUUUGUCUUGCCAGAAUGAUGAUUUGGCAAUGCCAGGAUUGGAAGGCAAGGUUAAAGAAGAUGUGUUCAGAAGAGUUCAAGAUUUGAUAAUCGCGACUCAACUUGCUGUAUGGACCAUUGAAUUGCCUUCACAAGGCUCAAACGACGGCUAAUUGGCCUUUUUAUAUGUUAUCAAUAGAUAAAUAUGAUAACUUCUAUAGACAUUUCUAAGAGGAAAAAAGGAACCUGAAUUCAUGUCAAUCACUUAAUUUAAUUAGUUUGUGCCAAGGUUAUUCAUGUUUGAAACAUAUUUCUUCAAUUCUCA